AUGGGAAAUGGAAGCGAGAAGACGUCACAAGCCCUUGAGUCGACUUUCCAGAACCCAGCUUGGCGGCCUGAUUCGAUAUGGAGUAACGGGGCCAUAGGGUCCUUUGGAAAGAGAGACACUGGGGGGUCAAAAGCUUCGUCGACCGAUGAUACUUUCCCGAACGGCUCUUCAGGGUACAAUGCUCUAUCUGCCCCAUCGGACCCUGAUCCUUGGGGAUCUCGGUCGGGACCUUGGAACAACACAGAACCACCCCGAAACACAUCUGGCAACACGUCGCCGAACCGGACUCGAGACGGGGCAAUUCACGAGCUCCCAAACACCUCUCCCUACUAUACAUCAGCGCAGCCACAGAUGCAGCCGGCAAUCGGACAGAGAGGAAACAUGACCAGCAGAGCUAAGCCUGGCUCCGCACUGGACUCUUCGACGGCAACGUUCAAGUACGGCCAAUUCCCUGAUUACGGCGAUGAGAAGGAGAACAGCAGGCCGUUCCCGUCGGCCAAGUUUGAGGUCGACCCCGCUAUUCGAGGCUUUAGGUCUGACAAGCGUGGCUCCCAAGACAAUUCCUACCUGAAUGUUGUCGGUGCACCGUCUCGCGAUCCCGGCAUCCCCCAACCUGGCCAUUCCGACACGGACCAGCAUACGCAGGGAAAUGCCUACGGAGACUUCAGCUACAACGGCCCGGCCUCGAACACUGUUCAUUCCAAGCGGCCCUCCAUUGCCGGCCUUUCAGGAUCCUUUUCAGGCCAGCCGACGAAUGCAAGGUCCUUCAUGACGAAUCAGAUGGAUGAUGAGGAGCUACAGCACAAGUUCACGAGAAAUCUGUCGCUAAACGACGGUUCGAACGGGCCACAAAACGGUUUGGGCAACGGCUCAACAUACGGCAGCGGCACGUCACAGACUUUCCAGUUCAACCCUGUCUCACAGCCUUGGGACAACGGGAAGGGAUAUGGGAACGGAGGCGCACAGCCCCAGGAUGCAUACCCAGAUCCCUUAGCCGGCCCCUAUGCAAACACGCGUGGAGUGACGGCAGAUCGCGAGUCACCCGCUGGGAGUGCUUACCGCCCGGGCAUUGGCAGCCCCAGGAGCUAUGGUGGAACUCCACAGCCUGGAAUCGACCCAUGGUCCAGACCGGCUUCCCGCGACCCAAGGAUGGCCCCAGACAUUGACCGGAGAAGCCAGGGCCAGCACUUCUUGCAACAACAACAACAACAACAACAACAGCAACAACAACAAGCACCUCAUUACUACGCCCACCCUUUCUAUGCCCCGAAUUACCAACAGCAAUUCCCUCCUCAUCCCUAUGAUCCCUACGCUGCCGCCGCGCAGCCGAACUUCAGGCCGCCCAUGCCGCUUCCUGCCUAUGGCUUACCGAUGAAUACUUACCUAGGCGCUGCUGGCAUUCCUCUGAGGCCGAACAGCAAAGAUCUAGAUCCAGCGAAGGGCAUCAGGAGCCCUCUGUUGGAAGAUUUCAGAUCCAGCUCCAAGUCAAACAAGCGCUAUGAUCUGAAGGACAUCUACGACCACGUCGUCGAAUUUAGCGGAGAUCAGCAAGGCUCGCGAUUCAUCCAGCAGAAGCUCGAGACAGCGAACAGCGACGAAAAGGACCGAGUCUUCAGAGAGAUCGAGCCUAACGCUAUCCAGCUCAUGAAGGACGUCUUUGGCAAUUAUGUCAUCCAGAAGUUCUUCGAGCAUGGUAGCCAAGUUCAGAAGAAGGUGCUGGCAGGCAUCAUGAAGGGGAAGUUUGCAGACUUGUCCGUCCAGAUGUAUGCCUGCCGAGUUGUUCAAAAGGUACUGGAGCAUGCCCUCGUCGAGCAGCAGGCAGAGCUGGUCAAGGAGUUGGAGCCCGAUGUAUUGCGAAUCGUCAAGGACCAACACGGGAACCACGUGAUCCAGAAGAUCAUCCAGCUGGUGCCUCGCCAGUACAUCGACUUCAUCAUGGACUGCUUCCGGGGACGCGUCAGCGAGCUCUCUGCCCAUUCCUACGGUUGCAGGGUCAUCCAGAGGGUCUUGGAGCAUGGCACCGAUGCCGACAAGGCGAUGGUCAUGGAAGAGAUCCACAGCUGCGCCCAGUUCCUGAUCACGGACCAGUACGGCAACUAUGUGACCCAACACGUAAUUCAGCACGGUGAUCAGGACGACCGAUCGAAGAUGAUCCGUGUCGUCACCAGCCAGCUGCUCACGCUAUCCAAGCACAAAUUUGCCUCCAACGUGGUAGAGAAGUGCAUCGAGUUCGGUACCCCUGAGGAACGGCGCGGCAUUCGAGAGGAACUCACCACGCUUGGGGCCGACGGGACCAGCCCUCUUCAACUGAUGAUGAAAGACCAGUAUGGCAACUAUGUUAUCCAAAAACUACUCAAUCAGCUCGAGGGCGCGGAUCGCUCAACCUUCAUCGACGAGAUGAAGCCCCAACUCAACUCCCUCAAGAAGGUCAGCACCGGCAGGCAAAUCACUGCUAUCGACCGCUUGAUAUCUGCCGUCUCUUCUCCAGCGCUCACCAAAAACGGCACUCCCGCUUCGACUGCACCCGCCUCGCCGACGUUGCAAAUCAACACCAGCUCUCCGACACCGACACCAAAUUUAACCAUGGAACCAAACAGCCCGUCGAGCAGCCCGCCGAGCACAAACGCGAGUGCUGUUGGUGAAGCGGUUAGCGAGAGCGUCAAGACCGAGGUCACACCUCGCGAUGGAAUUGCCGCCUGCCCAGAAGUGCGGAUCAACGAGGCAUAA